ACAUGAGCAUCCAGGAUGCUGAAACCCAGUUCAUGAAUGAGCAGGAGAUAAAUGAUCUAAUGAACAGUGUAAUUGAUUGGGGGGACAGUGAAGGUGUUAGUAAUGAGGAGAUUGAAGCAGAUGACAGUGAAGAUGAGGACUAUGUCCCUCGUAUUUGUAUUCGCAACCACAGCAGAUUCUUACCAAGAGUUCCUUGAGCUGUGGCUUGGUCUCCUACAUCAUGUGACAAAUGAACACAGGUGGGUCCUGGGAAGCUGCCAGCAUGCAGACUUAGAAUCUGGUGGAACUCAACAGUGGCUUGAGCGAGGCUCCAUGGCACAUGAGGCCCUGAAGAGCAUCGUUAGAAACAAGCGGUGGCUUAAUGAGGUCCACAAAUAUCUAAAUUUUAGGUCCACUGCUGAUCUGGAGUCCUUCCAGAACUAUAUUUUAAUGUACGCUAGCAAGCGCACAGCAUUUAGCCCUCCUGUCUUUGAGGCCAGGAUGCUCCUUGCAGCGAUGGACUAUAAUUACCACAAGGACCACCCAGAGUUGUGUAAAUCUGAUGGAAGCAAACAGUACAGGAGGCUGUACAAGAAGAAUGCUCGCAGGUAUAUGCUAUACACUCGGAAGACAUCCAAGACGUAUGGCUACAUUCCAGAACUGAAAGCUAUGAUCCUUCAAAAGAGAUUAGCUGGUAAGGGGAUGCCCAGACGGAGGACACUACGACCUGAUGACCCCAGAAGGUACGGCCCACUUCCCCCUGUGCCGGCACCAACCAUUGAGGAACUCCUGCACACCCAAGUCAGGAGAGGUCUUGUGUCAACAUUCCAGACUAAAGACCUGUAAAGCCCAGUUUCCAGAGCCUCACAACCCUGACCAUCUUCAUGGCCAUGUAAACUUUUGUGUCACAAGCUGCUUAUCAACAAUUUCAGACUAAAUGUUUAAACAGUACAGAGCAGCUGAGUCUAGUUUUCUAUUUAUACUGUGUAACAUUUAUCAUUAUACCAUUUUAUAUACUGUUUCUCUACAUUGUAAAAAGCAUAGUAUAGUUAUUCUAAAUAAACUUUUUUUAUUGAAAAAAUGAGGAAGGCUCUUUACAAACAAACAAACCAAAAAACAGAACAAAUCAAAAAACAAUUUGUAAAACCAUAUAUACAACAAUAAAUAACUUGAAUUUAACUGUUCACUUUAGAAUGGUAUCAAAUGGUGGGUACAAAGCCAGUGUACUGGACUUGGGGGUCAGGGUAUUUGUCC